AUGGAAAAGGUAAUUGAAAAUGAGGAACGUAUUGACAUUGACGUGGAGGUUGAGCUCAAUGAUUGUUAUGUGCGGUUGGAAUCAUAUUUAAGGCCUGAGGGCCAACUCUCAGCGCUUUUAAUACUUAACCAGAAAAUUGACGAGUCUCUCGGGUUUGAAAAGCUAUGGAAUGCGUACCAUGUGCACGUUUGUGCUGACGGUGGUGCUAAUAGACUUUAUGAGUACCUUGGCGAUGAAAUUGUGCGUCAAAAAUACAUUCCUCAUUAUAUUGUGGGAGAUUUGGAUUCUGUUAGAAACGAGGUAUUGAGUUAUUAUCGAGAGAAAGGUGCCAUUGUGAUCCAACAAACGUCCCAGUACGCUACAGAUUUUGAUAAAUGCGUCAAGGUUCUGUCGGCGCAUUUUUUCUCAACGAAUUUUGCCCAUAGCGUUCAAAAUUCGUCACAGUUUAACCAUGGAAUUGACGAAGAACGCGGAAUCCUGGAUAUAUACACGGCCGAGCGAGAAAACUGGCAUGUUGAAAAAGUGUAUUUGCUGGUGCUGAAUGCCAUUGACGGACGGUUUGACCAGACCAUCCAUUCAAUCACGCAGCUUUAUACGCUGGCGCACAGAGAUUCAUACUAUCAAGUGGGUUAUCUGACACCGUCAGACCUCAUCUUCCUGGUACGUUCGGGUGGAUUUACAAUCACCUACCGCGAGAAAUUCUUAGAUCAAUGCAUCGGAAACUGCGGCAUCUUACCUUUGGGAUGCCCGACAACCGUUUUGAAGACUUUGGGGCUUAAAUGGGAUGUGGAAAAUUGGUCGACAAGUAUCGAAUCCGGAAAAGUCAGCAGUAGUAACAGGUUUGUGGGUAGAGAUCGUUGCUAUUUAGACGUGCAAAAACCAGUAGUUAUGAACGUUGAACUAAAUUUGAAGAAACUGCUGAGUUAUGAAUUUUGA